AUGCUUGACAUAUAUCAGGGACCAUUCUGCACACAAAUUCUCGCUGAUUAUGGGGCUGAGGUUCUCAAGGUUGAAAACCCUAAAGGGGGUGAUGACACUCGCUUAUGGCGAACGGCAGACGAGAAACAUAUUUGGAAAACCACUGGCAAAGACAUGUCCGCAUAUUUUUGCGCGAUCAAUCGGAACAAGCUGUCUCUCACCUUGAAUCUCAAACAAGAGAAAGGCCGGGAAAUCCUUUUUCGGCUUGUCAAAAAUGCCGACGUGGUAGUGGAAAAUUUUGUUCCAGGAAAGAUGGAUAAGAUGGGCAUUGGGUACGAAAAGCUACGAGAAAUAAAUCCAUUGAUCAUAUAUGCAAGCGUCUCUGGAUAUGGCCCUAGUGGUCCAUAUUCCCAUCGUGCAGGUUAUGACGCCAUUGCCGCAGCCGAAGCAGGCAUGCUACACAUCACUGGCGAGCGCAAUGGAACCCCAACACGACCUGGUCUCGGUCUCAUUGAUAUGAGCACCGGUCUAUAUCUGCACGGGGCGAUUCUCGCCGCGCUUUAUGCUCGCAGAGAUACAGGUCGAGGCCAAAAAAUUGAUGCAUCCUUAUUUGAGAGCGGGGUAUCGUUGCUUUCUAAUGUGGGGGUGUCAUGGCUGAAUGCUGGCGAACAUGCGAAGCGUUGGGGUACAGAGCAUCCAAGUAUUGUCCCAUAUCAAGCUUUUAAGACAAAGGACGGCUACCUGGUUCUCGGCGCUACGAACAACCGCCAGUUUCAAACUCUUUGUCAUUUGGUGAAACUCUCGGAUUUGGCGACUGAUCCCCGAUUUGUUGACAACAGCUCUCGUGUCCAAAAUCGGACCGAACUAAAAGAGAUACUUGAACCAAUCAUCGGCGCGAGGCCGACAAAAGCCUGGCUGGCUGUCUUAGAGGGCAGUGGAUUGCCAUAUGGACCUGUGAACACGAUUGAAGAAGUGUUCUCACACCCACAAACCGCUGCUAGGGAUAUGGUUUACAGUCUUCCUUACGAAACGCUAGUGUCGGGGGAGAUCAGAGUACUAGGAACCCCUGUCAAGUUUAGUGAGACAAAGCCUGAAAUUCGACGAUCGCCGCCAAGUCUAGGGGAGCAUACUAAUUCUACACUCGAGGGAAUGGGAUUUUCACCGCAGGAGAUAGGGAUAAUGCGAGAACAGGGUAUUGUGUGA